GGUUGGCGGGUGGGGAGACCCGGGAGAUGCAGAUCUCUGUGCCCCGCAGGAGCCUUAUGGCACCCCCGGCGGCGGUGGCGGCUGCAAGCGGGAGCGGGGGCGUGUUUGGCCGGCGGAGACAGGGGGACUUGAGUUUGCAGUUUGCACUAGGGUCCCUUGGGGCACCAAGUCCGGGGUGCGCGGGCGCCCCCUCCCCGUUCCGGUCCGGUGGUGGCGGUGGAGCUCAGCAGGUUCAGCUGCGCGUCCCGGCGACCCGCAUCGCCCCGCCGCUACCCAGCUGCAGGCGUCCGCGCCGCCGCCCGCCGGGGCCACCUCCUCCUCGGCGGCGGCUGCGCGCUCGGUCCUCCAGCGGUGGCUGCCAGCCCGACUCCCGGCGCCGCUCCUUCCUUUCCCCUGCUCCUGUCGCCCUCUCACCGCCACCUCCUCGCAUCCACUUCCCUCCUGCUCUUUGCAAAGUCCCUCGCGCUUCAAUGUGCCAGGAGAUGCAAACGCCUGGCGUGCUCUGGAAGCGACCUGUCAAGACCCUCCCUCCCGGUUUUAAAGUACUGUUGUGGCUUUCUGAGCCCGAGCGCUGGCAGGGGCCUGGAGAGGCGCCGGGAGCACCCGGGUCGCCAAAGAGUUGUCUUUGAGCGUCUCGAGGGUCUGGAGCCCACUGACAAGCACAAGCACACCAAAGAAGGUGCUAUUCGACUCUAACUCCUCUGCCCAAUGUUCCAAAGCAUCAUAUAGACUUUACAAUGGCAGUCUGAAUCAUGUGUCCUGCCCCCAUCAGCAUGACAAAGAUCAUUUUCCUCAUUUGUAUGUUCAAGUUACUGCCUCUCAGAACUAAAUUCAUCCUUUGUACCAGCUGUGUGAAAAUGGAUCUGGGCCUAUUAACUAUUUCUCCUUACCAGCUGAUAUUGUCUUUUCAGCAGAAGUGGAUGCUAAAGAGACAUUGCAGACAGGAUAGAGAGCCAGAGGCAGAGGAGAAUAUCUCUCAGAAUCAGAAAAGUCUAAUGUUACCACCAAGAAAACAAGAGGAACAGGACUUGGAAAGUGCUGCAGUAUUGUAGCUGAAGGCAAAGACUGGGCAAUGCUGUGGCUCUAUGAGAAAAUACAACUAAAACAGCACGGGAUUGAACAAAAUAAAUAGAUUGAAUAUUGCCAAUUGUCUCCAAGCUUUUAAUAUGUUACAUGUACCUUCCAUC